CAAAUUGUACUUCCAAUUUGAAAGUUUCAAAUUUAUUUUCGUUUCGUAACUGUCGUCAAGUUUUCCGUUUGCAUAUUAUAUUUACAGGUACUCGUCAGUUAUCAUUUAUACUUCGUUAUCCGUGGAUAACAGGCAUUUGUCCUCUCCAUGCUUCUUGAUUUGUGGAACAGCAUGUUGUGAUCGUAGUGACUAGUCACUAGUGAGCUCAUCGCGUUUCUGGUGCGCUGUGAAAUUCUUGAACAUACUUGGAUUAUUGGAUGCUCGAUGUCUGGAUAUGAUCAUCAGGAUGAAUGUCUUGCGGAGCUUCCUCGCCAGAACUUUCCCUCUCUCAUCUGCAUGGAGCGUCCGGUCCGCAUGUCCCUUCCACACGUUUUCCCCCGCGUUAUUCUGGACCAACCCGGUUCUUUGCGCGGAACCUAUGAAAAAGAAGAAACGCGUCGAUCCCGCGGUACUGCGGGCGAGGGAGGAGCGCAAGAAGAAGAGGAUCGAGAAGACGAUCAGCAAGCUUGCGAAGAAUGCGCAGAAACUCAAGCCCAUUGACGAAUGGGUCGUCCCUAAGCAGCUGAGGCUGGAAAUGAAAGAGAGAACACGAAAGCCUCCGCCCUUGGAAGAAGAAGAGUUGGAACGGCGUGCGUUACUGCGAAAAACCUGGACGAGAUACAAGCAUUACCAGUAUUUAGCCGAACAGGAUAAACUCUCCACCAUGGUCAUGUCGGCGGAAGCUGCCUUGCGUGAGCUGAGAAUAGAAUCGGAGGAGCUGUAUCAGAAAGCUGUUCAGUUGGACAACAUGAGUUUACCAAUCACACUGAAGGGCCCUGUCAACACACCACCGAUCCCGGGAUAUAUCUCACCAGAUGGCGAUUAUUUGAACACGACAAGGAAAUGGUGACAUCUUUUUUAUUGCAUUAUUUUAUCGUUUGUUGUUUUAUUUGUACCGGUAUAUGUUUCGAUUGCCUGUGAAAUGUGGAUUUCGCGUUUAUGAGUCGAGUCAGCAGUUGUUAAAAACGUUGAAAAACUGAAAGAAAAAGAUUAUAGCGAAGAAAAACGAAUCGCCGACCCUGGUGGGUGGCUGUUUACGCAUGG